GCUAUAAAUCAAACAGGAAAUCAACGGCGCUGGAGAGGUUAGCUAGCUAUCAAAGAAGCUGAAAGCAUCUUUGUCAUUCUCCCAUAGCUAGACCUAAAUAAAAAUAUUAGCUAGUGCUAACUGAAUAAUUGCCACGAAUAUUCGCCAACUGGUUUGCAAGGAUUUAAACGAUGUCCAUUGGAGUGCCAAUCAAAGUCCUUCAUGAAGCUGAGGGCCACAUUGUUACCUGCGAGACCAACACCGGGGAGGUGUACCGCGGGAAACUCAUUGAAGCUGAGGACAACAUGAACUGCCAGAUGGCCAACAUCACAGUGACCCACAGAGACGGCCGUGUAGCCCAGCUGGAGCAAGUGUACAUCCGAGGCAGCAAGAUCAGAUUCCUCAUUCUCCCUGACAUGCUGAAGAAUGCACCCAUGCUAAAGAGUAUGAAGAACAAGAACCAGGGAGCUGGAGCAGGAAGAGGAAAAGCUGCCAUUCUCAAAGCACAAGUGGCUGCCAGGGGUCGAGGACGUGGAGGGAUGGGAAGAGGAAAUAUUUUCCAGAAAAGGCGAUAGUUUAAAAAUAUAUAUUUUCUACUUUCUAUAUUACAACUUCUUUGUUAUUCUUUUGUGAUCAAUGAUGUGAAAUGACAAUUUCCAUAUUAAAAUGAUUUUCUUACUA